AUGUCCGUCCCUACUACUAUCUCCGCUCUUAACUUCAGUGGUGUCUACACCCAGAACAAUUCCCUCAGCGACGCCUCUUCCCUCACCGCCAUGACCAAAGCUCAGGGUGUCUCCGAGGAACACCUCAAGGUAUUCGCCAAGGCUUCUAUAACCUUGACUAUCAAGCACACCACGGCGAACGGAGUCGAGACGAUCGAGGAAGAGUACAAGAGCGAUGUCUCGGAUGUCGACGACAGGCUCGAGCUCCUCGAGCUCGGCGCGCCGGAGCGCACUGCUGAGAGCAAGAUCAUCGGGGAGACCGCCGUCUCCGCCGCGCGCGUGCUCCUCAAGGAUGUCGAGGAGGCGAGCCUCAUCGGCGGGUGGGACAAGGUCACCGAGGAGCACGGCCUGGUGCUGGUCACCCUGCGCGGCGCCUCCGGCAACGACUGGACGUCCAAGAUGGCGCAGGGCUUCCAGGAGGUCGGCGGCGAGAGGCGCUUUGUGCGCCGUAUCGCUUUUACCAGCGGCGUAGGCGAGAAGCACACUGCUUGCCUCGUCUUUGACUACCAGGGUCCCGCCAACUGA